AUGGUUAUCGGCAUCGUUUUCACUGCACAUCAAUACUAUCACGAUUUCGGUGGUCAGGGAUGGCUGAAGGCCAGAACAGACGAACAGAACGGAAAAACUUCCGAUGAUCCAGUACAGCUCUAUUUGCCCAUACGCCAGAUCCAGGUGUUCAAGAAUCCUGCUGUCUGGGAACGUCAGGCAGGAGACAAUGUACCCUUUUACACUUGCGGUGAUCAACAGAACAGCUGCGAGUCUUUCAAGCAACCUAACAUCUGCUGUCCAGUUGGAAUGACCUGCUACGCUGCUACCUUUACCCCCUCAGGCAUAUACUGCUGCAAUUCCACCGACUCGGACUAUAAUUGCGAAGCCUCUGAAUCAGACCCGCCAAAAUGUAUGGCAUCUUUGGUCGAGUGUUCUCCCGAAACAGGUGGAGGAUGUUGUCCAUCCACAUUAGAGUGCUCACCAAACGGGUGCGUGCAUGUCAACAAUGCCUCAACAAUCAGCCCGCCAUCCACAGUUCCAGCCACUUCGAGUCCGAGUAAUUCUCAGGGUACGCAAGCCGCACCAGCAAUGACAAGUAACAGCUUGGGAACACCGAUCACCGUUACUAGCACUAUCUUUCAAGCACCUCAAGCAACAGUUACUUUGGCAAAAGAGGGGGAGAUUCUUGCAGCCAGGGUUGGGGCAGGGGGCAGUUCGAUUGUACUGAGCUUUUGGAUUCCGUACGCUGCGACUAUGCUCAUUGGUUGUAUUGCGGUCUUGAUGGGAAGGUUGUAGAUUCUUUUAGUGAUAAGUUGGGUUUUCGUGUAUUGCUGGAAACUCACAUAGAAUGAAUGACAUGCUGACGACGACCCUCUGCAACAUUCUUUGGUCACUUCUCAGAUCAAUGACUGCUAUGUGUUGUUGCGGUUUCCGGUUUCGGGUGACUCUACGCACUUUGAAGACAUGCGCUUUCCAUGCAGCGUAAUAUUUUCCGUUGUCGAUAGAUAUAAUGG